CUCUCCCGGUUCGGUAAAGUUUUGUACGAACCGAAUUAAACCGAAAACCGAUUCAUCCGAACCGAAUUAACCGCAAGCCUAAAUAGUAAAUACUAGUUGUGUUCGCUCGGUGGCUGCUCUCACUUUCCAUCGUCUCUACCAGUAUGGCAGAAGUGAGUCUUGGUAUGCUUAUAGACAUUGUGGACGAGGAGUGGAUGAGGGACACUCUCCCUGAUGAUGAUCUCCCAUUGCCUCCAGUGCUUGCUGUUAGGACUGAUGAUACCGAAGAAACCAAUCAGGAAACUCAGCAAGUAGAUGGAGAAGCUUGGCAUGAUCUUGCACUGGAUACCCAGUAAUAAAGCCAGUGGAAACUUUUUAAUAGAAACUCCUACUUGCAUCUAUCUCCUUUUAUUGUGUAUGAUCAGAACUUGUAAGCUUUGUAUGUUAAGACAAUUAUUGCUUCACUUCCAUUAAUAAAACUCUCUUGGAUUUCCCUUU